CUCCGCAUCUUAUUAGCGACAAGGGAAAUUUCUCCAUUUUCUGCGCUGUCUACGGCGACACGGUCACAAAUCUGGGAUUUUUUAAAAAUUACUUCUGCUUGCCAGGGUUUUUUCUACCGUUUACCCAUUUUCUUCACUAAGACUGGACUUCGAUUGCUCCCUACGUUCACUUUGAAGGGUACUCGUUGGUCAGGAGGUGUUUUAUUAUAAGAAAGAGGCUUGUUGGUCUUUGUUCUGUAUUGGGAUCUGUUGAGCUCUUUGUUGGAGUGAAAGCAUGGGAGCGCAAUUCUCUAAGACAGCUGGAAAAGGAGAGACCGCGGCGGCAGAAAAACCCGGAGAAGCUGCAACUUCACCCUCUAAAGCCAACGGACAGGAAAAUGGCCACGUGAAAGUGAAUGGAGACGCAUCUCCUGCGGCCGCUGAGGGGAAAGAGGAGGUUCAGGCCAACGGCAGUGCUGCGGCUGAGGAGGGCGAGAAGGCAGAGGCAGCUCCAGCUGAAAAGGAGGCUGUGGAGGAGGAUAAGACGAACGCAGAAGCAGCUGCUCCCACUGAAGGUGAGGCUGCGAAAGCUGAGGAUGGUGCCACUCCCUCCACAAGCAACGAGACACCUAAGAAGAAGAAGAAGCGCUUCUCUUUUAAGAAGUCCUUCAAGUUAAGCGGCUUCUCUUUCAAGAAAACCAAGAAGGAGACAGGAGAAGGAGAUGGCGGCGAAGAGGCAGCGGCAGCAGCUGGCGAGGAAGCUAAAACCGAGGAAGCUGUAGAAGCUGGUGCAUCAGGAGAGGAGGCCAAACCAGCCGAGGAGGCCGCACCUGCUGCAGCCAGUCCCACUGAAGCCAAACCUGAGGAGACGGCAGCGGAGAAACCAGCGGAGGAGCCAAAGGCUGCGAGUCCUGCCGCAGAGGAGCCCAAAGAGGAGGUGAAACCUGAAGAGCCGGCAGCAGUGGAGCCCGCUCCCGCUCAGAAUGAAGCACCCGCAGCAGAGGAAGCUGCACCCGCUGCACAGGAAGUAGAAUCCAGUCCAGCGGCCCCUGUCGAAUCCGCUGCAGAGUAAUAUACACAACGCAGAUCAACAGAAAAUAAAAUUUAAAAAGGAAAAAAAAGGUAAUCAAAGAACAUUUCCCUGUUGUGCGGUGGAGUGGUGCCUGGGCAGGUGGCUUUGGAGAACUUUGUCCGCAUCCAGGGAUAUUUUAAAGCUUUUUUUUUUUUUCGGCAUUCCCCCUCCACAAAACCCAUCUCACUCCACCCUAAUGGUCAUUUCUGGAGCUGUGAGGUGGGUGGCUAAGUUGAAUAGUACAGAAAAAGAAUUACAUCUAUCUGCCGUAUAUUUUUUGCAUCAGUAUUAACGGUUUUUGUUUCUUUUUUUAUUUUUAUACAAGCAAAGAAAAAGUAAACUUGAUAAAAAUGUAUGGAUAUGCCCGUAAAAUAAAGGCAGCAGGGUUAGGGGUCAAGGAGUGGGCCAGGGCUUAGGAAUGGGAGUUUUUAAGGGUUGGCACCAUGGUGCCCUAGAAUUUUACCACAGACUACCACUUAAAGGGUAGUCUAAAAGCGAAUGACCAACACUUUAUGUACCACAGUUUACAACACUAAAGUCAAUUAUUUUUACUCUGAAAACAAGCCAACAUAAUUCCCAGUACUAGGUUUAGAACGGCAUUUUAAAGAUCCUAGGAAAUUUCCACUUCUCUUUAGCUGUAACAGUCAGUGAUUUCAGUAGGAACACAAUUUGUAUAGGCUUUAUGGUUUAUUGCUGGUUCUAUGAGCUUAUUAAAGUGUAAGUAUGUAUAGGAGGGGUGUUUUAACUGUGAUUAUUGUACAAAUGAAAUUUUGAUCUUAAGAAGCACAUGCAGCUCUUCUACCACCAAGCUCGUUUUUUGUAAGAUAACAAAAGUCAUCCUGAGAGACCUUUGAAGCCUCAAACCAAGCUGUGACACGUGACCUGGUUCCUGUUUAUACUGUGGUUUGUUUUGAUUACAACCGAUGAUGCUUUUUCAGUGGUCUUUGACAAAAUUAAGGAAUUUAUCAGAUGCAAUGUUUGUGUAGCAUCUUGUCUUUUCUCUUUCUUUUCUUUUGUAAAUACUGGAGAAGCUUUGACCUGUUUGACUUAGAGAUGGAAUGUAACUUUGCUUACAAAAUUGCUAUUAAACUCCUCUGCUGAAGGUGUUCUAAUUUUCUGUGAGCACACUAAAAGCAAAAUAAAUGUGAAUAAAAUUGGAA